AUUCGGAUGCGAAAAGACCGCUCUAACUUAUAUUUGUAAUGAGCAGGAUUGAUGAUUCCUAAAAUAUUAUAAGUUGUCGAGCAUCAAAAUCUUGUGUUAUUACAAUUCAUCGAGUGAAAUCUAAAAAGAACGGGUAUCCUUUUGCUAAGAAAUCUACAACAUGACUGCUCUCCGGGUAGACAUGAGUGAUUCCUAACAUUACAAUCUGUAUAACCAAGCCGAUCUUGAGCUCUUUCACUAUACUCUAAAGUUUUGGUGUUUCAAAAUAUAAAAGGAGCCUAUACCACAAUAUUAAAAUUAUAAGUUCAGUUUGUACUACAAAUAACUUUUUUUUUAAACCAAAACACAGAAGCUAUAUAAAAUUUCUCAACAAUCUUAUGUCCCUAUCCAUAUGAGCAUAUUGUCUUAUCUAUAAAAAUCCAAAAAGAUAUUGUUGUUAACUUAAGACAAUAGAGAACAUAUAUCCCAAAUUCCCCUGCUUUACCUCCUGUGGCACGUAUGCCAAUUUUUAGUAUUUAUAUGAUACUUCAUACAAGAAUAAAUAAGUGUACAUUUUACAUAAGCAACAAUUUCAAAAUUGGGAAUUUCCCAUCUUGAGUUGAAGGCUUUGCCACCCUCAUUUUUUUUUUAUCCUUUAAAGGCAAUACCAACCAAAUUGAGACCAGACACUUCUAUAAACAUGAAGGUGAUGCAUUAGCAUUAAACUUUCAAGGAUCCUCCUCUUUACACCCAAUUACAGAUGGCCAUCCUAUCUAUCUAAAAAGUCAUCAAUUGUAUUAUGAUAGAUUCAUUGAAUAGUGUUCAUGUUUGACAUGGUAUUCAAUCAACUACAUGGGAUGACUAAAUCAUUUGGAUAUUACCAUUUUUGUGUUCAAUUUGAAUUGAUUAUGUUAUAUCUAGUUUUUUUUUUUGGGACAUGUAUUAUCAAUGACUUUUGAAGGACUGCUCAAGUGUCUUUUCUAUGCAUUUGUAUACCUAGCUCAAAACAAUAACGUUAAAUGAUUAAGUCAAGUAAUUGUUGGGAGCAUAAACAUGGCUAGACGACACGAAAUACGACUACGAUCCACUAUAUAUGUGUCGUACUAGGUAAGCGCCUUCAAAAUCCUACGAAAGGCCAAGAUAAGCACACAAGCCUUUGAUUUACCUUUAAAAAGCAACUAAUUAGGGUUACUAACUAGAGGGCUAUCUCCACUCUCCUUAAUUUUACAUACAACUUACCUCUCUAAACUCUCUGUAGGUUUACUCUUCAUAUUCUUCUUAUAAUGAUACUGAUGUUGAUCGUUGGAAGAUGGAUUAAGGAGCCACCCUGCCUCUUCACAAAUUUUGCCCACUCUCGAAGAGAUUGGACGAACGGAACUCGAAUAAGAACAAAAACUCAUUCUUGCCAAACGAACAAGGACUUGGUCUAGUAAUAAUACUCUUAGCCUAGAAUCUGGAGGUUACAGGUUCGAAUCCAUUAAAUAGUACCUUAAUAAAAAAAUUAUAUCAUCCUUAUAAAAACUCAAUUCUUGCCAAGUUUGUCUUGGUUGAAAUAACAACAAACUCUCAAGGUAUUUUAUAUUCCCAAAAUAGAUAGAACCUGCAUUACUGUAUCAAUUAACAAGAAGUCUCUUGCACGUUAGGUGAUAGAACACCUAAUUUUGGGUUAUUCAUGUUAUAUUUGCGUUUUCACGCCAUAUUUGUGUUAUUUACGUCAUAUUUGCUUUAUUCACAUAAGAGCGUUGAUUAUUCACGCAAUCAAUAUUAUUAGGUCACGCCACCUGAUGUUUAUUCACGCAUAUUGUUAAUUAUUCACGCCGUUGUAAAAUAAAAUUUCAAACUUUGAAAUAUAUCAAAAUGGAUGUCAUUUAUAGAUUAUGAUCAAUGCAACAUAUUUGUGUAGAUUAAAUUUUAAUCCAAAUUUAAUUCCAUAAAAUAUAGCCAAUACAAAUUAUUAGGGGACAAAAGUAUGAAUUUUCAUUUACGUGAAAAACUUACACUCUUACGUAAAUCACCAUAGUAUUACGUGAAUGAGCACAAAAUGGCGUGAGUGAGUAUAAAAUGGCGUGAAUGAACUGGUAUUAGGUGUUCUGUCACCUAACGUGACAAGAGAUAUUUUUCGGGAAAUAAAUAGGGAGCACACUAUAACUCGAGCUCAACCACCUUGAAAUCAUGAAACGAUAUUGAUAACCCAAAACUCUGAUCUAUAAUUUGGUCAUAUUCUGUGCACCAGUAUGUAACCUUCAAGGGUCAACAAAUUUGAGUUGGAAUUUCUGAAGGUGGUAACUAACUCCUAAUCCUAUUGUCUUGUGGCUUGCUAUUUACCACGAGAAGACCCAUAAAUCUUAUUAGCAAGUAAUCCGUCCAUUUUUACCAUGUCUGCUAGCUACUGAUUUCACCAAAUCAACAACAACCAAAAACCAAACCAGAGAAUGCAUACAGUUACCAACUUACCAUACCAUGAAAAAAAAAAAAAGUCGGCAUGAAGAAAGCAAACUCUCACCUUACAUCAAUAGUAAAUUUUGGGCAAAGGUAAAAACUCUGUCGAUUCCUCCAACUGAUGAUUGAACCGAACCGACCAUAAUUUACCUUAAUUUCGACACAAACGACUCAUCGUCUAACUCGAAUAUCAAUUGAGGAUACCCGUCUAAGAAAUGAUGUCCUCUAUAACUGAUUUGUUGAAUUGUGACAACAUAGUGUGCAUCACUCGACACUUGGAGUCACGUUUUUCCUGAACCAGACCAUUGCUUGAACUAUAAGGCAACGCCGCCCUCCACUCUACCUUCACAAUUUUCCUGAGAGUAAACGCUAAUCCAUUUCGUUUCCGUUUGCAAUCUCUUACGUAUAAGCAAACCCAUUCAAUUUCCCCCACUAUAAAAACCAAAUCCCCUCUCAGCAACACUACACUAACAAUCCCCUGAAACCCAGAGAGGCAGAGCAUAAAAAAAAAACAGAGUCCCCUGAAACCCAUCAGGUUAAAAAAAAAAAAAACAAUGGCGGAAACAGGUCUAAUUUCUUCAGGAUCGCCGCCGCCGCGGCAGCGAUCCACUCAGGACAGGGUCUAUUCGGGACUCGGGAACAUGAUCAAGAUGCUCCCGACCGGCACCGUGUUCAUGUUCCAGUUCCUGAACCCCGUCCUGUCGAACAACGGCAAAUGCCAUAACGCCGUCAACAAGUACCUCGUCGGCGCCCUGCUGGUCGUCUGCGGGUUCAAUUGCUGCUUUGCUUCCUUCACCGACAGCUACGUCGACGGCAAUGGGAUGAUACAUUACGGGGUCGCCACGUUUAAAGGGUUCUGGCCGACGUCGGGCUCCGGCGGGAGGGAUUUCUCCGGGUACAGGGUUAGGGUUGGGGAUUUCUUCCAUGCUUUCUUGUCGCUGGUUGUUUUCGCGGUUGUGUCGCUGUUGGAUGGGAAUACGGUUUCUUGUUUCUAUCCGGCGUUCGAAUCGCAGGAGAAGGUGUUGCUGAUGGCUCUGCCGCCGGUGAUUGGGGUGGUUUCGAGUGCUGUGUUUGCGAUUUUCCCGAACAAGCGGCGGGGGAUUGGGUACCCGCCGGCGAGCGAUGAGGAUGAUGAUAAGAGUUCGUGAGAGUGGGGGGAAAGUGUGGAGUGGUGUGUUUGAUUUGGAUGUUUGGUUGCUGAGAAAGUUGUGUGAUUGGAUUGAAGGAAAAGGGAAAGAGUUUUUUUAAUCUGAAAGUGGAGAUUGUUUCCCCCAUUAAGAGUGCAUAUCAAGUUUGUGGCAAAUGUAAUUUGAUAUACUUUGUUCAUGUGUGUUGUAUAAGUUGAUUGUGUUAUGUGUAAAAUGGAAUGUUUGGUUUUUGGUGAUGGCUAAAUUGAGGAAAUUUACGGACUGAAUGUCUUUUUUCGGGUUUAUAUGGGAUUAGCCCGUAUCAAAGUUUCCAAACCAAUUGUGUUUCGAGUUGAAAAAGUUGGUGCGAAGUAGAUAAAGAGAGUUGCUAUUCGCCGCCCUAGACAAGAUGAGAUAGGACCAGUAGUUGAUAGUUUAGAGUUUACAUGUUUGAUUUCCCUUGUAAAUAUUAGGGAGAAUAUUGAGAGGCACUAAAGGUUAUUAGUUUUAGUUGUCUGAGUUUUAACAAAAUUUGAUUUAACUA